UAAUUGUUGAAUAGAUAGCUUUUUCCUUUAACAGAAUUAAAAGAAACAAGAAAGUUAGCAGAAACAUUGGCUGCUAUGACAGAUAUAGGUAUAACAGAUAAUCUACAACAACAGGUGUUUCAGUUAUUAUAUGGUAUAUUAUACACAGGUAAUAUAGAUUUUACACCUGUGGAUGAAGAAUCAAGUGCUGUAGCAGAUACUUUAGACUGUACAAGAAUAGUGGAUAAAUCUUAUAUAGAAAUAGCAGUUACUUCAACAGCAAUGGAUAAGGCAUCUGAACAAUUAGGAUUAUCUAGUGAUCAGUUAGAGAAGGUGUUUUUACAUCGGAAUAUCCAGUCUGGUAGUAAAGCAAGACGUAGUGUAUUUGUGAAACCUGUUUCUAUCGUGGAUGCUAAAAAUAGACGUGAUUGUUUAAUUAUGCUACUUUAUUCCAGAUUGUUUGAGUGGUUAGUUGAUUUUAUCAACAGAGAAAUACAAACAGAUGAAUAUCACAGUACUAUAGGUUUAUUAGAUAUUUAUGGUUUUGAGAUGUUUGAAACUAACAGUUUAGAACAACUUUGUAUAAAUUAUGCUAAUGAGAAAAUACAACAACAUUAUGUGUCACAUUUUCUUAAAGAUUUACAGAAAGAGUAUGAGUUAGAAAGAAUAGAAUGGUCUAGUAUAAAUUAUACUGAUAAUCAACCCUGUUUAAAUAUAUUGGAAGGAAAACAAAGUAUAUUUGGUGUAUUAAAUGAAGAAGUUUAUCUGAGCAGAAAAUCAAAUAAAAGAAUUCUUGGAGAACGGUUACUGGAGAUUGGAAAUGGAACAUCCUCGGCAAUUAAAAAACCCCGUAAAUUUUCUGGUGAACCAAGUUUUAUUGUAAAUCAUUAUGCAGGAGAAGUUAGAUAUACCGUUGAUCAACUUGUUACUAAAAAUAAGGAUAAUAUACCUGUUGAAUUAAUCAAUUUAUUGAAAUCAAGUAAUAACAGUUUUAUACAAGCAUUAUUUUCAACAUAUCAAACAACUGAAUCACCAGGCAAGAAAAAGAAAACAGUUUUAGCUAAAUUCAAGAGCUGUUUAGAUGGUUUAAUGACAUCAUUAAAUAGGUCUGAUGUACAUUAUAUAAGAUGUAUUAAACCUAAUACUGUCAGUCAACCUGGUGUAUUUGAUAGAUCUUAUGUCACACAACAACUACGUGCCAGUGGUAUACUGGAAACAGUUGAAAUAUGUAGACAAGGUUUUUCAGCCAGGAUUAUUUACUGGGAGUUUUUACAGAGAUAUGGUUUAUUAAUACCCGAUUCGUCAUCAGUACCUGUACGGGAGUCCACUAGCUCUAGUUCCGAGAAUGACCAAUCUUUUGACAUGGAUCCUUUAGAUACACUAUUUAGAAAACAGUUUGAUUUACCCAAUGCUCCUAAACGUACGCCUACACCAAAGAAAACUCUACGCAGGAGAACAGGAACUUCACCUGGAGAUCAUGCCAGACAUUGUUGUGCAGCCAUUUUGAAACUUGUAUUUGGAGGGGAUGAAAUGGUUAAAUUUAGACAACAAUUUGGUAAAUCGAAGCUCUUUUUACAUCAGUCACAGUUAGAGAAGUUAGAGUCAACAAGAGCUGAUGUACUAACAAGACAUAUAACAGUUUUACAGUGGGCUGUUAGAAGAUACCUUAUUCGUAAAACAUUUCAUCGCAAAUAUGCAGCCAAGAAAAUCUGGAGGUUUUGGUUGAAACAUCAGAGCAGAAAAAUGUCAGAAAGGAGAAAUGUGGCUGCUAGUGCCAUACAAACAGCAUACAGAAAGUGGAGAACAAUAAAACAAAUAAUUCAAAAUAAGAAGGCAGCGGAGCAGCAAAUAUCAACCAAUCAAAAGUCUUGUUACAUUCCUGAUGGUAGUGGAGAUUUUGGGAUACGUGUUAAUAAACACCAAGAAGAAUGUCUAACUGAAUCUUGUGAAAGAUUGAAGAUGUGUGCUACAGAGUUGACAAGUGUUCAAUCUGAUAUACCAAAACACAGUGCCAGUGAUAAGGCACCAAUAAAAACAACAAAUUCUGUUUUAAAAUUAAAUCAAGAAAACGCGCCCCGAGUGACCAUGUAUUCCAACAUUCCCGGUUCUACUAUAUUCCCUAAUGAGGAUUCACCUAGUGGCGUAACUGAAACUUAUAAGCGCAUCAUGGAAACAAGCUUAAGUGAAGAUGAUACCGAGAAUAAUAGACCACCAUUAAAGAAAUUGAAAGUAGCAUGUCACACAUAUAAAAACCUUAAAAAUGUAUCAGUAUCAGAUGGUAUUUUAACAAGGAGACGACUACCUAAGACUAAUCUUUGGUUUCACACACGUACCAGUGUAUUAAGGAAUGCUCAUAUUGCUCCAUUGAAAGAAAUACAGUGUUCAAUAACAGACUGUUUAAAAGAUAAAAAAACUAAUAAUAGUAGUACAUCAAACUCCUAGAAAGUCAGAACAUAUGAAAAGUGUUGAUAAUAAAUUGUUUGUUUACUAUAGUAAUAAAAUACAACCCUCAUUGAUGAGAAUAAUAAAUACGGUUCUGGUUUGACCACACAGUGCUUUAAUGUGUAUUAUAAUGUAUAUGGUUUUAUUAUUUGUUAAAUAGUUAGGCCACAUAAAAAUUAUUCUUUUGCUUUGUCUAGCUUGUCACCUUCAAAGGUUGUAUGGGAAUAAAAUAAAAAGUGUGAUUUUUCUACGAUCUCAGUAAAAAGAUUUGCAUAAUUUAAAUUUACAUACUGUAGAUGAACCUUAGAUCCAUACUUUUCACAUGGCGUUUCUGAGAAGGCAUCAAAGCUAUAGUGAUAAUUUGACAAUGUUUUACUUUUAAGGGUAUUCUGAGAACCAGGAUAUAUUUUGGUAUGACCUAAAAGUAGAAGAUGAUGUUUCAUUAUUGUUUAUGUUAAGUAUAAAAAUAAUCUGUUUAUGUGUGAUCUGGUGAUUGGUUAAUGGGAACAUCCUGAUAUUAACAGAGACUAAGAAAUAAAAGUCUGUGUAUGUAUGAAAUUUAAAUGCCAAAAUAUACAGGAAUCUGUAUUUACCUUGUCUGAAAAUAUCACCUCAAAAUAUUGAGUCGUUUGGACGUGAACUUUAAAACCUCUUAUCCGGACAUGUAACCCUUUUUAGAUUUCGAGUUAAUUUUUUCGUUGGGUGACCUGAUAAUUUAUUACCGUGCCUUGAGAGGUCAAAACAGUGUGUGGUGCAUGUGCUGUACUGGAUAACGAACUGUAAAUUUCACCUACACAUUAUUUUUAUAAAAUAAAAGUCUGGUUUUAUCCAGACAUCGUAUAAUACAGAUUGGGACACCGGUCUCCAUUUCCAGAUGAAGACUGACAGGUUUAAGUUGUUUGAAAAUGUAUUACGUAUAUUGAGUUAGUUGCUCGACCCUAAGGUAGAGGUUUUUAAGGGCUUUACACACAAAAUUAAACAGUUUUAUUCUCCAAUAUAUAAUCGAGAUUGGACCUUUAACUACUUGUAUUAAUUAAUAUAUUGAAGAGUAAAUAUAGAAAUUUUUAUUCCUACAAUAUAUACAAACUCGGGCCUAGAAAUAAUGAUAUAGAUGGAAAUGAUCAACUAGUAUCAGACAUUUUUAACUUUGUACCUGAUGUGUACUAUAAAUAUUAUUAAAAACACAGAUAAAUAUGUGCAAGACUUUAAAAUGGCAGGCACGACAGGAAUUGGGCUUGAAAAACCUAAAUUUGUUCCUAAAAAAAGUCUGUCUUAUUUCCAUGCUUUCACAAACAUCAAAUAUAUUCAUAACUGUAUACAAUAUAAAUUUCUUAUAUCUUCUUUGGGAAUAUGUGUUUACCAGUAAUUAUUAUGCUCUGUUUUGGUAUUGUAUGUUCUAUCUGUGUUGUGCGGUGCAGUUGUUCUACAUUUUGUAGCCUGCGGUAUUUGUGUGUGAUGCUAGGUUCCCACUGUCGUGCGAUGCGUUACGAAAGGAUUGUCCCUAUUGAGUCCACGAUCUGGUACGCGCAGAUACGUUCGUUUACGUUCCGAUACGAUCAACACGAUUGCUACGACUGACCUCAAUAUAUGAUAAGACCUGAUUGGAUCACCACGAUUAUUCCAUGAUUAAAACUACGAUUUCAAUCUAGCGCGAAUCGUGAUAGUGGGAACCUAUCAUUAGGGCACAAGAUUCACUGGAUAAGAAUAUGACAUGUUAGUUCAAGCAUGACCUAAUCAAUCUUUAUCUAUUUAUAUAAUAUAGUGUGUGAUUAUAAGGACCGGUAACACUUCUCAAAUUAAAAACUGAAUUUUCUAUUAAUGAAUAUCUACUGUAAAUACUCUUGUGAUGGGAAAAUGUAUUGUUUGUUAUUGAAAUUAUGUACAGAGAAAUACUUGUGAAUUAUAUAAAUCUUAUAUUUGAAGUCUG